CUAGAAUCCUUCUCAAGAGUUGGAUCACGCUGUGGUGCUAUAGACAUCUAUGAUACCCACCCCCUUGAACUACCCAGACGCCCUGAUAAGCAUGAAACAAUUGCCAAUACCCAGUUUCUAGAUGGCAGGGCCAUUAUUUGGGCCUGGGUCGGUCUCAAUCGGUCCAAAUUUAAAGUCAGUGUGUAAUCUCCGUUCGUGGAAUUCUAACGCUUGUGUGACCUUCUUGGAUCGGCCUGUUGGAGUGGGCUAUUCCUACUUAGACUUGACCUCCAUGUUGAUUGAUAAUGGGAUUUUUGAUGCCCUAAUAUUAUACUCCAGCUAUCAGAUAAUGGCGUGCGGAAAAGGUAGGUAUAAUUUCCAGCUACACCUUCCAUUUCCUUUGAAACUGGUACUGUAUCCUGAAAACACUCAUCGGCAGGGCCCUCUCCUAGUGCCUUUUUUGAGCUCAUGAGCCCAGUCUCAGACCCCUACGCUAAAUUAUUCUUGAAUUUCCAACGCUCAUAUACUUUGAUCGAAGAUGACACUAUCUCCCAUGCUAUCCAGGAAGCCAAUUCCUGUGUAUAGCUCUUCCUACA